CAACAGUGUCGUGUCUGUGAAAAACUGUUCUCACAAGGCGAAGGAAUUGAUAUAUUCAGUCAGAACAGUGAUAUCCUUGAAAAAAUUCAUUUUUUCCUUUUUAUUUUUGUGCAUCCUAAUGACAAUUUGUCCAAACAUAUCUGCACUGCCUGUUACAAUCACCUUGCCUGGAUGAGCGAUUCUUCUCCUAAUAUUGUGCCUCCGGUAAAUGAACCACCUGACUUGGGCAUAUUUGCGAACUUCAACCAAAUGCUGGAGGAAGAAGAUAAGAAAAUGUCUGCAGAGAGAUGCAUUCGAAUUAAAAAGCAGCGGCAAAUGUGGGAUCCCAUUUGAUGAGUGUGACAACUUUCCCACAUCCAGUCAGCAGCUCCGACAGCAUCCUUCUCCUCUGUCAAGAGAUAUUUCAUGCCACAAUUGUAAUGAAAAGUUCAGAAAAGUACAAUUGUAUCGCAAUCACAUUGAGGUUUGUCUGCGAAGAAUAAGACCGACAAAUGACAGUCAACCUCUUAGUUCAAACCAGAAAAAGUCAAGUGUGUUUGUGUGUGAAAUAUGUAAUGCCAAUUUCAAUCGCCUCAAUCUUUUGGUAAAACAUCAAUUGAAGCAUAAACCAAAGUCUGAGUGGAAAGAAAAGUGUCACAUUUGUGAUCUGAGUUUUGAACGACAUGCAUUACUGGCCCGUCAUCUAAAAACAGCUCAUGCCGAGUCAGAUCAGUCACCGUGGAAAUGUAGACAUUGUGGGAAGCACAUGAUGACAAAAUUAAGUCUAGGCAUCCAUGAGCGGAUCCAUACUGGAGCAAAACCAUAUGUCUGCGAGUGGUGUGGGCAGCGUUUUCGUUCCCGAGCAAAUCUGCUGCAACACCAUCCGAAGCACACAGGAAUAAAAAAGCACAAGUGCGAAGAGUGUGGAAAACAGUUUUCACGAAAGUCAUUUGUUACUGCGCACAUGAGAGUACACACUGGUGAGCGACCUUUCAGUUGCAGCAUCUGCAAUCGAAAAUUUACGCAGAUUGGAGAUAUGCGGAGACAUGAAAAAAAACAUGAGAUAUCAAUUAAACAUGGAAGAACGUGUUACACAGUUAUCGAUAUAAAUAAAAAUCAAUCUUCAGAUUCUGUCAGCACUGCGGACAGUGAUGAUCCUUUAACUGAUAGUGAGAUAGCAUUAAAUGUGAAAGUUAUUCAGGACUGCUGACAAUGACAAGUAAACUCUAUGAGCAUAGCAAAGUUUUUCCUUCGAGUGCAUCCUCCAAUUUCCCCUUGAGUGACAGUAAAUAGUGCCAUAUCGUAAAAAUACUUUGUCAUUUUCAACUCCAUAGUUUGUAAAUGUCUUUUAUUCUCAAAUCCUUUUCUCGACUUUUUUUUACGAGCCCCAACGUUUCUGUUCACCUCUCUCCUACAGAAAUGGGAUGGCUAGUUUCUCAACCACUUGAUUUGAUUCGGACCCCUCUGGAGGUUUGAAAGACCGUAAAUACCAGGUUUUCUCCUUUUUAGAGUUGAAAAUGAAAAGAAAGCAUUUGAUCUAAUUAUCCAAGCGAUGAAAUCCUUUUUUUUUUCAUUUAGUUGCAUCAAAAAUAAUUCAGAAUAAAAUUAGAGGAAAGUUUAAAGUUGUUGUAGCUUCAUGCUAAAAGAACAAUCCUAUUGGUAAUAGUAUUAUUACUCUCUUGCUCCCCUAGUUUUAUUGGAUGGUCUUGGCAUAAUAUGUAUUAUUUGUAUGUAUCUGAUUAACAUGUGUUCGCAUUUUCGUUGUUAUCACCAAGUGGUAAUAGCCCAAAGUUUAGUUUAACGCUCAUACCUAGCAUUUUUAAUUGUAGAUCUCCAUCUAAUUUUACUGCUGACUUUUUUUUUUUUUAAAGUGAUAACUGUACUGCAUUUUAUUCUCAUCAACCCAUCUCAGUUUUGUGGAGGUUGAUCACAGUUGAUUGGAAUGGCAUGUCUUAAAAAUAAAUUGACUUGUGUGAAAUGUUUGAUGAUGCACUUCUACUGAGUCUUUCUUGGUCACUAUCACGCAGCCCAGUGGCGUGGCGUGAAUUGCGAUGUAUAGAUUGUUCAGCCAUUUAAACCUAUGGUAAAGAAUCGAUUAUUAAGGUGUUCGCUGCGAACACCUUGUUUAUCGAUCCUUUUCCAUAGGUUUAAACGCCCAAACAAUCGAUAUAUCGCAAAGCACGCCACGCCACUGACGCAGCCUCCAAUUCACAUUCAUCAGCGAUGUCAAAGUCUUUGAAUAGGAAGUUUUCUCUAAAGAAUGGCAAGUAUUUGUGUAUAUUUGAAAGGUUAUUAAGAACAUUCGCUUUGAUUAUCAAUGGUAUAAAUAAAACUAUCCCAUUUUUAACACUAUGUAUUACAUAUCAAACAUUUUUGCACACUUAUCCAGCUAAAUCACAGCAUGAUUCAAAUCACAGGUAAUAAAAGUAACCAUUAGUAAAGAUUGCAAGAAGUGAGCCUGAUUUUUAUUUUGCAUUAAAUAAUGUUGGAGGUUUCACACUUGCCCUAGCUCACUUCACUGUGAUUUCAGCAAUAAAAGGACAUCAUUUUUCAGGAAGUAUUUUAUUACAGAUAUAUUUUUAUCAAACUGUUAAUCCAUAGAAUUGUUCACCUAUUGUGGAUAUUAAGUUAAGAAAUCUUAUUUUAAAAAAAGGCUUUAACUGUUUUAUUAAGUAUUUUUGGAGCUUUGUUUUCAUUUGUCAGAAGCCAGAAGCUCAAGUUGAGUAAAAGGCAUUGCCCUAUUCCUUCUAUAUUUAUCGAUCUGCAGUAGCUAUCAUGUUAGAAUGCAUACAGUCUACUUUUUUAGUGUAUGCCAUUUAAUUUUGCAUUUGUAACCCAUUUAAGAUCUUUAGUACCCUGUGAUCAAAACCUGUGUUUGAAGUCAUUCUUUAACUAAUAAAGACAUCUGCUAUAAAUCA